CGGUCCCUCGCGUGCCAGGGAGGAGGCGGGAGGAGGGCCUCUGAUGGGAGGCUCCCAAGUUUCUUCUGACUGGCGUUCCCAGGGGCCUUGGCCCAGGGAGAAUGGUGCACACAUGGGUGGCUGCUUCUGUAUCCCUGGGGAGCGGAGUCUGCCCUGGGGCCCAGGCCAUGAAAUCUGUGUUCCAUACCAGGGGCAUUGCCUUUGGCUUUCCUUCCUGAAGGAAGUCUCACUUCACAGGGGGCUGCCGUCAGAUCUUUUUCGGUGCAAGGACACAAAGAGUGACUGGGUAGACCUGGUGCUUUCAUUCUGUGUGAAGAGUCGCUCCAGGAGCUGUGUCAAUGCACCCUUGCAGGAGGCUGCACGGAGGCGGCUCUGGGCCCUGGAGAAUGAAGACCAUGAAGUCUGUGCACUGUUUAAGGACCUCUCUGCAAGGCUGGUGAGCGUCCAGUCCCAGAAGGACCAGUUUCUCAUCACCUUCAAGACCGUGGAAGAAAUCUGGAAGUUUUCCACCUACCUGAACUUAGGCUAUGUGUCCACAUGUCUGGAACAGCUCUUCUUUGACCACAAGUACUGGCUCAACUGCAGGCUGGUGGAUGACACAGAGAUCCAAGUGUCUGUAGAUGACAGUCACUUGGAGAACAUAUACCUGGGCCUCUUGCUGCAGGAAGGCCACUUCUUCUGCAGAGCCACCUGCUCCGUGGCUCAGCCAGAUGAGAAGGAAGGGGAAUAUUUGACGUUGUGCAAGGAUGAGCUAAUCUCCGUGCUCCCUGAAGGCGAAUCUGAGUGGGAAAGCGUGUCUUUAGUGACGGGUCAGAGGGGCCUGGUGCCUGUGUCAGCCCUGGAGCCCCUGUCUGUCCCUUUCCAUCAAUGGUUCCUAAAGAAUUACCCAGGAAUCUGUGAUCUCCCCAGGAAGAGAGACUGGACAGGCUCCUGUCAUAUUGGCAGAGGACGGUGCAAGGCCCUGAUGGAUUACAAACAAGAGGAAAAGGAUGAACUGAGUUUCCUCCAGGGAGAAAGCAUUGAGAUCCUUGGCUUUGUUAUCCCCGGGCUGCAGUGGUUCAUUGGAAAGUCAGUGACCUCAGGAGAAGUGGGCUUUGUCCCCACCAGGAGCAUAGAUCCAGAUUCCUGCUCCCCAGUGAGCAAGAACUCUGCCUUUUUCAGUGAGGAGGAAAGAUGUUCUCUCUGGGCCCCGGGAAGUGACAGGAAGGCUGAGUGUUCCGGCUUCUUACGUGCGCUUGCUCACACUGACAUCGCUUCUGUCUACCGGCUUAGUGAGUUCGAAUCCACCCAGAAUCUCCAGAAUGAUCUGAGCGCAUCUCAGCCUGAGGGCCUCAAGGAGGCCAGGUCUGGUGGGACCUGGGAGGAGCGGCAGACCCCAAACUCCAGACGCUCCAGCAGUUCCGUGGACUCCAGCCUCGAGGAAGAGCUCCUCUCAGCCUCCUCUGACAGCUAUCACCUUCCAGAGCCUGACAACCUCGAUGACCCGGAACUGUUUAUGGACCUGAGCACAAGCUUGGAAGAGGAUGAAGCAGAGCACUUUGCCCCCAUCUUGGCUUUUCUGGAUCACGAGGGAUACAGCGACCACUUUAAGAGCCUCUAUGAUUUCUCCUUCUCUUUCCUUACUUCCUCCUUUUACAGCUUCUCUGAGGAGGAUGAGCUAGUGGCCUACCUAGAGACCUCACGAAAGUGGGCCAAGAUGAGCCACAUGACGUGGGCCCAUGCCCGGCUCUGCUUCCUCCUGGGCCGACUAAGCAUCAGGAAGAUCAAACUUUCCCAGGCCAGGGUAUACUUUGAGGAGGCCAUCCGGGUCCUUGACGGGGCAUUUGAGGACCUCUCCCUAGUGUCUGCUCUGUACAUCAAUUUGGCAGCCAUCUAUCUGAGGCAGAGGUUGAGGCAUAAAGGCCCAGCCUUGCUUGAAAAGGCGGGUGCCCUGCUAGCCUGCCUGCCCGACCGCGAGUUCAGUGCCAAGAACGAGCUUGAUGUGGUGGCCUACGUGCUGCGCCAAGGGAUUGUGGUGGGGAGCGGCCCUCUGGAGGCCAGGUCCUGCUUCCUGGCCAUCCGAUUGCUCCUGAGCCUUGGCCGGCAUGAGGAAGUUCUGCCAUUUGCCGAGCGCCUGCAGCUGCUCUCUGGACACCCUCCUGCCUCGGAGGCUACAGCCACCAUGUUGAGUUUUCUGUAUGACAAGAAAUACCUUCCACAUCUUGCAGUGGCCUCUGUUCAGAAACGUGGUCCCCAGAGUGCCCGGGGGAUGUCUGUUUCCAUUUGGCAGGCCUAUUUUGUUCUUCAGAAUGCCACUAAGAUCCUUGGUGUUCCUUCCUCAAGCUGGGGUGAAGUUUCUGCGCUGGCCUGCCCAACCCUCAGGCAGGCCCUGGCUGCCUGUGAAGAGCAGACUGACCCGAGCACCCAGAGGACCUUGUGUCUCAUCCUGUCCAAAAUGUACCUCCAGUAUAGGUCUCCUGAUGGUUCCAUCUACUAUCUGAGCCAGGCCCAGGCAUUAGGGAAGCUACUAGGUGAGCAAGAAGCCUUUGAAUCGUCUCUCUGUCUGGCCUGGGCUUACCUCUUAGCCAGGCAGACCAAGAGAGCUCUGGAGAUCCUUGAACCACUACUGUGUUGCUUGAGGGAGACAGAAUGCAUGACGCAAAGGGGCGUGGUCCAUAACCUCCUGGGACUUGCUUUUCAAGACGAAGGCCGGACAAACAGGGCAGCCAAGAGCUACCUCCGAGCUUUGAUCAGGGCUCGGGAGAUGGGGAAUGUGCGGAAUCAGGCCGUGUCUAUGGCCAAUCUCGGCCACUUGACCCUGAAGUCCUGCAUGCAGCAAUCAGCCAGGGGCUAUCUUCUGCAAGCUGUCCGACUGUAUUCUGAACUCCAGGCCAGCAAGGAGACAGAUAUGGAAUUGAUACAAGUGUUACUCUGGUUGGGCCAAGCUCUGGUGUCUGGACAGCAGCUGGUCCACAGCCGCCUUUGUUACGAAAUGGCAUUGAUGUUUGGCUUAAGGCAUCGGCACUUAAACAGUCAGCUUCAGGUCACCAAAUCCCUCUGCCAUUUCUACAGCUCGGUGUCUCCAAACCCUGAUGCGUGCAUUACAUAUCACGAACACUGGCUGGCCCUGGCUCAGCAGCUCAGGGACCGGGAGAUGGAAGGGCGGUUACUGGAGUCCCUCGGGCAGCUUUAUCGGAACCUAAAUACAUCCAGGUCCCUCAGGAGGUCCCUCACCUGCAUCAAGGAGAGUCUGCGGAUAUUCGUUGACCUAGGGAAGAGAGACAAGGCAGCUGAGGCCUGGCUGGGGGCUGGGCGUCUGCACUACCUCAUGCAGGAGGACGAAGUGGUGGAGUUGUACUUGCAGGCGGCCAUCCAGACAGCCUUGAGGUUAGAGGAACCCUCCCUUGCUCUAAAGCUUUACGAAGAAGCAGGUGAUGUUUUCUUCAAUGGGACCCGCCAUAGGCAUCGUGCUGUAGAGUAUUACCGGGCUGGGGCCGUUCCUUUAGCGAGGAGAAUGAAGGCGGUGAGAACCGAGCUACGGAUCUUCAACAAACUGACAGAGUUACAGAUCAGCCUCGAGGGCUAUGAGAAAGCCUUGGAAUUUGCCACCCUGGCUGCCCGGCUGAGUGUCCUCACAGGAGAUCAGAAGCAGGAGCUGGUGGCUUUUCACCGCCUGGCUACUGUGUACUUCUCUCUGAACAUGUAUGAGAUGGCUGAAGACUGCUACCUGAGGACUCUGUCCCUCUGCCCAGCAUGGCUGCAGAGUCCCAGGGAGGCUCUGUACUAUGCCAAGGUGUAUUAUCGCCUGGGCCGUCUCACUUUCUACCAGUUGAAGGAUGCUCACGAUGCUACUGAAUACUUCCUGCUGGCGCUAGCAGCUGCGGUCCUGCUGGGUGACGAGGAGCUGCAGGACACCAUUAAGAACAGACUAGACAACAUCUGCCAGAGUCCCUUGUGGCACAGCAAUCCCUUGGGGUGUUCCUCAGAGAGGGCACGGUGGCUCAGUGGAGGGAGCCUGGCCCUCUGAAGAAAUCUAUCUUCUUUCUGACCACUUUGCCAUGGCAAGAUGCUGCCUGUCUGACCCAAGUUCUUAGAUCUGGACUGGGAGGGUUCAAGCUUUCCCCUCAUUUUAUGGGGAAGAGCAGCAACGCCCGGAAGGAGAGGUGCUCUGGGAGGAGCAUCUUGGCCCCAUGCUUCACUUCUGGAUCUCCGCCCAGGUCACUGUAACUCCUACACAGACAGAUGCCUUCUCUCUGUAGACAGUGAGGAAGGCCGGCACUGUGCUGGGGGAAAGGUUAGCAGGCCCGUCCUGGUGCCCUCAUCAGUGUUCUCAGGGAAAGACUCUUCAGUUCCAGUGGAGGAACCAAAGGAGUCAGUACUCCAUGCUCAUAGGGACCACAGGCACAGAAAUUCAGCAUAGUUGUAGCUCAAGGAACGUAGCCCCAGGAGGACCAGGUGAAAGGCACAGAGGUCUAACUGGGACCCGUAUUCUCCAUUCUACCUGGAAGCAGGGCUAUUGUGCAGCCUUCCAGAGAAUCAAGUGAAACUGCCCCAGGGCUGAGGCUUGAGAAUUAUGCCAUACAUUAAUUGUAAAUAGUGUAUAUCAUUAAAUAUUGGCUAUUUACAUUUA